CUGAAGGCAGAUCCAGAAGAACUGUUUACGAAACUGGAGAGAAUUGGUAAGGGGUCUUUUGGUGAAGUUUUUAAAGGAAUUGACAAUCGGACUCAGAAAGUUGUUGCUAUAAAAAUUAUUGACCUAGAAGAAGCAGAAGAUGAAAUAGAAGACAUCCAACAAGAAAUCACAGUGUUGAGUCAGUGUGACAGUCCUUAUGUAACUAAAUAUUAUGGAUCCUAUUUAAAGGAUACAAAAUUAUGGAUAAUAAUGGAAUAUCUCGGUGGAGGCUCUGCCCUUGAUCUAUUAGAACCUGGCUCACUUGAUGAAACUCAAAUUGCUACAAUAUUGAGGGAGAUACUCAAAGGACUCGAUUACUUGCAUUCGGAAAAGAAAAUCCACAGAGAUAUUAAAGCUGCUAAUGUAUUGCUGUCUGAACAAGGGGAAGUAAAACUGGCAGAUUUUGGAGUAGCUGGACAGCUAACAGACACACAGAUAAAAAGGAAUACCUUUGUGGGAACACCAUUUUGGAUGGCACCUGAAGUAAUAAAGCAAUCAGCAUAUGAUUCAAAGGCAGAUAUCUGGUCAUUAGGCAUAACAGCCAUAGAACUUGCAAAAGGAGAGCCACCUCAUUCAGAAUUACAUCCAAUGAAAGUUUUGUUCCUCAUCCCUAAGAACAAUCCACCAACACUGGAAGGAAAUUUCAGUAAAUCCCUCAAAGAAUUUGUCGAGGCCUGCUUGAACAAGGACCCAAGCUUUAGACCUACUGCAAAAGAGCUUUUAAAACACAAAUUCAUUUUACGGAACUCCAAGAAAACAUCUUACUUGGCUGACCUCAUUGACAGGCACAAGAGAUGGAAGUCUGAGCAAAGUCAUGACGACUCUAGUUCUGAUGACUCAGACACUGAAGCAGAUGGUCAGGCUUCAGGUGGGAGUGAUUCAGAAGAGUGGAUCUUUACAAUAAGAGAAAAAGACCCCAAGAAUCUAGAGAAUGGAGCAGCCCAGCCUUUGGAGUUGCAAAGAAAUAAGGAAAAGGAUAUCCCAAAGAGGCCUCUAUCCCAAUGCCUGUCUACAAUUAUAUCUCCUUUAUUUGCAGAGUUGAAAGAGAAGAGUGAGGUGUGUGGUGGCAACACAGAUUCCAUAGAAGAACUGAGGAAGGCAGUUUAUUUAGCUGAAGAGGCUUGUCCAGGCAUUGCAGAUACCAUGGUGUCACACCUUGUGCAGAGGCUUCAGAGAUAUUCCCUAGCUGGAGGAAGUUCUUCAUCCUACUGACAUACUCUUCCUUCUGGGCUUUCCUAAGACAGCAGAGAUCCCAUGGUGUCUGCGUUGAAGGUGUACACCCUAAUGAUGUUCUGCCUCUCAGUCUCUGUGAAGUCCUUGGGAGGAAGGACAUUCCCAAGAGUGAAAAUGAAAUCUCUUGGAUGAAGGCAGUCUUUUUCAGCUCCUUAAAGCUCUAAUUUUUUUAGAUGAUAAUGCACAUAUUCCAGGGAGGUGUCCUUUUGUAAAAUCUGAAAUGUAUAUUUAGGUUUGUGAUAGAGAAAUUGAAGAUAUUGAGAAACCUCAGGUAUCUUGCUUUAAGAAUUCCACUGGGAGAUGGAGCAUGGUUGUUGGAAUUGUGUACAGAUAUAUAUAUAAUGUCUUUUUUAACAGAAAGCCUUUCAAUGUGCAUAAGGAAUCACUGUGUACAAAAUGGUAAAGUGCUUUUGUAGAUAAUGUUAGUGGGGUAAACAUUUGACAGGCCAUAACUGAGUUUUGCCUUGCCUUUAUUACAUGUAAAGUUUGAAUUAUGUGAUAAGUGAAUCUCAGUUAGAUUUUUGUAUGUGAAGUAUUUGCCAUUGAAAGAGUUAAUCCUGUAUUAUAGAACUUUCUAUUUGUACCUCAGCACAGACACAAUUUUAUUCUGUUUCUCCAGCUUUUCAUUCUUUUUACUUAUAUUCUGAACGUGACUUUCUAUGUAUGGUACUACUUCUAGUUACUUUAAAUUUCAUACACCUGGUCUCUCAAAGCUUUUAAUUUAAAUUAUUGUUUUUCCUAGAGAAUGAGUUCUUUCAUAUCUUCUGUUUCAAAUUGUGCCAACGCAAAUUCUGAAAUAGUUCAAUUUUAGUAACAGAUAUUUGUGAAGCUUGUGAAAUUCAGACACAGUCUUUUUUUCACCUGAACAUUUUUAAAUGCUCACACAAAUCUUUAUUUACUUCAUUUAUUCUGAAAUAUCUCCUUAAGGUGUAGAUUCUGAGACAGUGGCAAGUAUUUCUUUAUCAUGCCUAUUUUUAUCAUUAAAAUGAAUGUCUUUCAGCAUAAAGAAAAAUCCAUAGAUUCAAUAUUUGGUCUCGCUGCCUCGAUCCGUGCAUCUCUUUACCAAAACUGACAGGUGUUGGACAGAGAGACUGCAAAACAGCCCAAGUGCUGUGUGUUGGGUCUGGUUGGUUGCCUCUCCAGAGAAAAGCUAUUUCUUAAAAUUCUGAAUUUUGUAAUUUCCACUGUUCUUGUGAGGGCUUCUAGAUAGCUGACUUCAGGUGUUCUAGAUCUUGCAAAUAGUAACACUAGUUCAUUAGUUGUAUGCACAGUUGAUUAGGUAGCUGCUAUUCCCCCCCCCCCCAACAGUAUUACUCUGAGGUUUACUUUGGUUGGUUUCACCAAGACUAUAUUCAGGUACUUCUUACUCCAGUAGCUAAGAGAGCAUUUUUGCCUUCUUUUAAUGAAGAAGUUGAUGACUUUAUGCUUUGCACGACACUGAGGUAACUUAUAUAUUUACUUUUUAAAAAAAUAUAGAUGGGAGCUUUGGAACAGAAAGGAUUAACAUUUAAAAGCACAGGCAUAUCUGCCUGGCUUGGUACAAGAAACCCAGGUACACUAACCAUUGUGGAAGCUGGUGAGGUCUCCUUCCAGGACUUCUAUCACCAUGGUAGCCCUUAGUCUAUGCAUAUUAAUAGCCUUAAUUUAUUAAUUUAAGAAUUUAACAGUAAGAGGACACUGUCUUGCUAACAGAGCUAAUAAACUUCUGCCCAGGUUGAAACAACAGUUGGAAGAAACGUGCGUGUGUGUUCAUCUUGUGGCCAUGCUUUCAGGCACUACUCAUUAGCCAGCCUAAUGAGGUAAUGGGUUUCCUUUAUGGCUAAGGGAAUUUAAAGUAAAUUGAACAAUGCUAAAGUUUGAGCAAUGUUUUACAACUCCACUUUGAUUAAUAUCUUUAAUUAUGUUGUUUAGUGUGCUCUUAAGUGUUAUGGAUAGGCUCACUCUUGAGAAAACAAAUUUAGCACUGCUUUUGUGAAAUGUGCAUCAGAAUGUAGUGCACCGGGAAAUUUACCUGUUGCUGUCUCAAUAUGAGAACAUUCAGCCUUCAACAGAUCCAUGUGCUAUGACUGCAUAAGGAAAUCAACAGGUGUGUUUGCACUGGAAAUAUAAAUUGAUCAGUGUAAGCUGUUCUCUAGUCAUCUAUUAACGUAAGGACUGGAAAUUAAAGUGAGCUUACUUGGAGAUGCACAGAACCCUGAGACAUAGUGGGGAAGUUAAAUUUAUGCUGCUGGCUUGAACGUUAAGAAAUUCUCAAUCAGCAUGUUGAAUUAAAUUCUAAGCUACAAUCUUUGAACACUCAUUUGAAAAGUUAUAUAUUUGUGUUUUGAGUUGCAUUUUAAUUGUGUUCCAGGACUGUACGCUGAGGAAGUACUUCUCUGAGUAGAUGGUGGCAGAAUUCGCUUGAUGAAUGUGUUAGAGUUUAAGAUAAGUAAGAUGGUAUGGGCAGGUGGCCAAAAGGCUUGGGCAUUUAGAAGGAGACAAGACCUCAUUUAUGGUAGAGAUGUGUAUUUUUAUAUGUAAUAUACAGAUUAUUUAAAUAUAGACUAUCUUAAACUGAGAUUCACUGACAAAAUAAAGCGUGCUGUGUCUUGAA